CUGACGGGAGGAUUUCGCGCGCGAUUGUGACGGAUUCGUGGCAUUUUUUACGCCAGCUGAUUAACAAGAUUUCACAUUUUCUUUACGAUAAAUGUUAAAUCAAGUAUCGAAGCGACUAUAAAUAACAAAAUUUAUAAAAUUAAAGUAGUAAUAACGUACUAAAAUGUGUCUUGAAAAAUUUUCUCCCGCCAACCUCCAGGGGGCACGCUGCCUGUAGACCCGCAUACAGCCCUUAUUUUUUUGAUGUUGUGAACGGUUAUUUAAAUAAAUUAAGAGUUUCUUAUGCGUGUAACUUAAGUACGUUUAAUAAUUUAAGUAAGGGCCUCAGUUUGUGAAUCAACAUCUACAAUGGCCCAAGCAGGUUCUUCCUGUGAUACAGAGGAUAAGAGAUUAAAUUUAAAAAGAAAAAGAAAUUCAACAGAUGAUGAGGUUGAGAACAUGCCUCCUAUGAAACUAUCAUACAAAGAAGUUGAAGAGCUCUUCGAUCAGCCUGCUCAUAAUGUAGUUGUUGAAUCAUCAUCCUGCUCCAGUGAUGAAGAUGGAAGUGCAGACCAGUCCAAUCAUGUCUACACAGACAUAGAUUAUAAUGCAGACAGUUUUCUUAGCCCACCGAGCAUAUCUGACCUACCAAGCUGUGUGCUUAGCCCUCUUGAAAAUGUAGCUAGAGGAGACUCUACUCCACACUCUAAUAAAAGAGCCAGCAGUAAUAAAAUACUAUGUCCAUCACCUCCAAAACGCAAGUGUCCAUUGCCUGGGUUGUCCUGGGCAGACUCGGCUGAUGUGUGGAAGAAUAUGUGUGAUUGUGAUGCCAGGUCUGCCAUGAAGAAAAAUCCUAAUAUGUUUGACAAUCACCCCAAUCUACAACCAAGGAUGAGAGCCAUUUUAUUGGACUGGCUGAAUGAGGUAUGUGCAGUUUAUAAACUUCACCGAGAAACAUUUCACCUGACAGUGGAUUAUAUAGAUAGAUAUCUCUCAAAUACUGCAGACGUGCAAAAAGGAUGUUUGCAGUUAAUAGGUAUUACCUGUUUAUUUAUAGCAGCCAAAGUAGAAGAAGUUUACCCACCAAAGAUUACAGAGUUCGCAUACGUCACAGAUGGCUCGUGUACCACAGAUGAAAUACUUUUAGAGGAACAACUUGUACUCAAAAUUUUAUCGUGGAGUCUCACACCAAUAACUAUUAAUAGCUGGCUUAACAUUUACUUACAACUAGCCAGUGAAGGACGCAGCGCGAAAAGAAGACUGAUAGGUGAAAAAGAAGUAGGCGUGAACGCGUUACGGGGCUACACGUUCGUAUUCCCGCAGUAUUCGUCUCUGGAGUUCGUAAUCUGCGGUCAACUGGUCGACCUGGCCGUGUUGCACGUGGACGUAAAUAAGUUCGCGAAUAGUGCGAUCGCGGCUGCGGCCAUCGCGCACGCGUUUUCACGGGACUUGGCUUUGAGGGUUUCAGGCUACAGCUGGGAAACGCUGGAGAGCUGCCACCGCUGGAUGGCGGCGUUCGCGGCGGGGGUGAGGGCGGAGGGGGCGGAGUGUGUGGUGCGGGGAGGGGACGGAGAGCACGUCCAGAGAGCGGCAGAGCUCUCGCUCAUCUGUCCCGACCUCAACAUGGACGAGAGCCAUCGCAUCCAGGCGCACAACGUCACCUUGGACAUGUUUGACAAAGUGUUUCUACAGCUGCAAGAACACACUAAUACACAGGACACUGGUUCAUCAUCGCAAGAGCACUUGUACCCUCCGACCCCGCCGCAGUCCGACCACAAGAGCCCCAAAACCCCGGCAGCCAAGACCCCCUCGACGAGGCAUAUUUCCCCCUUGCCGGAGAUAAGACUGACUCAAGUGUGAUUUAGUGUAGUGUCAAAGUGACUAAGUGAAAAAAGUUGGAGGUAUUUUUCACAAUUGUUCCUACGUUUGCUAUUUAACUCAUUUAUGACUUGAAUGGAAACAAUGAAUAACCAAACUUAUUAACUAUUAGUUAAAUUUCUCAACUCGCCAUUGA